AUGCCCCACACGGCUGCAUCGGAGGACAGCUUGUACACAGAAACAUGCACCAUCCUUGAGGAGGUCACAGGCAAAGAUGACCGUGGGUACCGCUUCGAGGAGCAGCAGUACACAGCCGAUCAGAGCACCUCCAUGCCCGAGGUUCAGACUGGAGAUGAGCAGCCUGGCUACCCGGGGCCUCCACCCAUGUACCCACAGCAGCAGUACUACCAGGGCUACCCCUCCUAUCCGCCCUACCCGGCGCCCCAGCAGGAGGCCAGAUCUGGCGGCAGCUGGUUUGGUCCAUUCAUCUGGAUCGCCAUCGGCGCCGUGCUCGCCACGAUCUACACCAAAGUCACCAGCUUCAUGCAGAACCCCCAGGCCGCGCAGGCCCGCAUGAUGAGCUGGGCAAUGGAGCAGGCCAUGAACCAGGGGGGGAAGGGUGGUGGUGCACCGGGGGCUCCGCCGCCCUUCCCAAACAUGAACGGCGGUGGUGCUCCCGGCUUUGGCUUCCCACCCAUGCCGCCUGGCUUUGGCAGCAGCGGCCCUGCAAGCGGCCAGACAUUUGACACCACCGCCAAGGCAGUGGACCGUCAGCCGGCGGCGGCAGCAGACAGGGCGGCGGCAGGCGAGGCGGCCACGGGUUCCAGCGCGGAGCCGCCGAGGGGCGCGCGCUUCGAGGAACUGAAGGCGCAGAGCUCUGGCAGACGGCGCGCCGACAAACCCAAACGCGCUGCCUUCAAAGACGUGGAUGAGGAUGAGGAGGAGGCGAGCACGAGCGAAUCCAAUGGUGCCAACGCCGUAGCCGGCGACGUCAGGCAAGCAGAGGUGGUGGGUGAGGGGUCCCAGGCGGGGGCGAGCUCGGAGGGCGGGGGCAGCAAGUUCACAGUGGACCUGCUGGACCAAUUCUUCAAGGACCCCAACAUGCAGCAGCUGCUGUACAAGUACCUGCCGGAGCCCAUGCGCAACCCGCAGACCUUUGAGUGGAUGCUGCAGAACCCCGAGUACCGCAAGCAGCUCGAGGCCAUGAUGGAGCAGCAGGGCAUGAACCUGGACCCGAACAUGAUGAGCAUGAUGAAGGACAUGGACAGCAGCGAGAUGAACAAGCAGCUGGAGACGCUGGGCCUGAGCCCCAGCGAGGUCAUCAACAAGAUCAUGGCCGAGCCAGAACUGGCAGCCGCCUUUCAGAAGCCCAAGGUCAUGCAGGCCAUCAUGGAGUCCCAGUCCAACCCCCUCGCCAUUAUGAACUACCAGGACGACCCAGACGUCAUGCUGUCGCGGCACCCGUAA